AGUGUUAUUCCAGUCAUCUGACGGAAUCGGCGCCAAAAUCGAUACCAUAAACACGGACUGCAGUGCUCACAACACAAUGCCCGCCGUCGAAGGCACACUUUACACGAAAUUUGUUCUAACUGUGCGAAUUAAUUUCUAAACUGUAACGACUGUGAUUAACUCUUAUGUGUGUUUCCUUGAAAUAUUUUAAAAUUCAAAUGUAUUUUUAUUUAUCGUGAGAAUGUAAAAGAACACUCGUUUCGUGUGCGUAUAAUUAAAUAAAGAUAUGUGUUGGUUGAGAAAAUGGACCCAAAGAUUGUUGGUUUUAUAUAAAAGUUUAUAACUAAGUUGCGGAGAAGAUACAUGGUGUGAGCUGGCCGAAGCCGCUCGCGCUAGUCUGUGGACGCAGAUGUUGGGGUCCAAGCUCCAAAUUGUCCUUACUUUGCGACCAUGGAGAGCGAGGAUAUUAAAAAAACAUGGCAACAAAAAUUACUAUUUUAUACUACAGCUUUCUUUGUGCUGCUUGGUAUUUUUAGCUUAUUUUCAUUUUUAUUCCUUGUGCCUUUUGUCAUCGACCCGGCUUUUACAACGAUUUUCAUGGAGUUCGACGAAGAACCCGCUUAUUGUGUGACCUUAAGAACCGACAGACGCUUAGGUGCAUCAAAUUGUAGUUGGACGUCUUGUAGAGAAGGCUGCACAAAAGAUAUUUAUACUUGCACACAAAUUUUUGUAAAUUAUAAAGCUGCAAACCGUUCCAACAUAUCGGUCUCGUCAACUGUACAACCAUCAGCUCUUCUACGUAGAAAACGAGCUAUUGUGGAAGAUUAUGAUUAUGACGAUGAAUCUAAUGAUUCAGAUGAUGAUGAUUUUGGUUGGUCCUUUCAGGAAGCAAAACUAUUUCCUAACGUGAAGGGUUGUGGUUAUCCUCCUAUGCUCAACUGUUCAAUUUUUUUAAAAAAAUACCAGGAAAUCGGAUCAAAUUUUUCAUGCUAUUAUAGUAGAGUGGAUCCCAGUUUGGUGAUAAGUCACUUGGAUAUGUGGCAAGUCUAUAUGAACUUGGUGUAUGCCAUGGCAAUACCUAUUCCUUCGUUUAUUAUAUCGGUAGUGUAUUUGGCGAUAGCUUAUUUCAAAAUAUAUAACGAAGAUGAAGAAGAAGUUCCUUUAAAGAAAAAUGCCGAAGAUAUUGACAUGGAAGGAGAUAGUGGACCUGAAGGAACACCAUUACCACCAGCUAGUGGGGGCUUGACACCAGCUAGCGAAGCCUUUAGAGAAGAUUUAGCGAGUUUUGGCCACCACCUCAAAGUUGCAAUGGUAGAUGAUAUUAGUCGAGAGAAUCUUGCUGAUGGCGUCAUCACUUCUAUUUCAAUUGGAGGAAACAUCGCGAAGACUAUGACAACCAGCAUUUCGACCACAGGAGGUCCAGUCGCUGACAUAUAAAAUAUAUGAGCCGUGAAGUUACUGUUCUCGGGCUUAUAUUUUUCGUUUCUCUCGUAAAUCUUAGGAUAAAUUCAAAAUCAGUUUGAUCUGAAAAUAUAUGACUUACGUUCCUCUCAAAUAAGAUAGUACGUAUGAACUUUUUUAUUUAUUCUUUUUGAGAAUGAAUCUUUAUUCGAACGUGAAUUUUUAUUAUUUCAAAGUUUUUUCAAUACAGUUCACUUGUCCUUCAAUUUGUUAGAAUCGAUGUUUUCUAAUAAUAAUUAAUGGUGAUGGGGACGCACGCACAUUAUAGAACUGGCAGUUGAACUUAUCAUCAAUAAAAUGCAAAGAAGCAUUGAAACAUUAAACACAAUUCAAUAAGAUAGGGAUAAUAGGAUCACUAUCAGUAAUUAUUCUAUGAAUUAAUAAAAUUUUGUUAUAAAAAGAUUGCACACGUUACAAUUGUUCAAGGUUUCGGUAUUCUUAUACUUCACAAUAAUGAAAUUACUAUAUUUCUCUUAAAAUAUUGAGAAUCUACUGUAAUGUAUCUUGUGCAACUACAGUGUGAGUAUAUAAAGUAUAAUCAACGUUAUUCUAGAACUGUCUCUAAAUUCCAUAUCAUGCAAAUAUUAAUGUACGAACGGAACUAAUUAGUAAUACAACCACUGAAACUUAUUUUAUAUACAGAUUUUUUUUAAUUAUAUGAUCUUAUGGAUUAUUUUGUGAAAUAGAACACAGUUUUUUUUUCUAGCUCUCCAUAGUAUUCGAUUUCAGAAACAAAAAUUUUUAAUAACCACUCAAUACAGAAUCAUGUCAAACAAACCAUUCGGAAUUUCAAUAAUUAUUAUAAAAUUAAAAUAAAAGCAUAAGCUUGGUAUCAUUAAAUUGAGAUAAAUUUUAAAAAUAACUCAAGUCAACAUGAAUUUUGUGGCUCUAGUUCUUCUUUAUCGAUUUGUCUAUAAAUUAUUAUUUUCUAACUGACUUCAGCUCUCGAGAUUUACCAUAAUAUAGAAGAAAGAGAAGGUUCGAUUACAUAAUUUUCAAUAAUUUCUAUUAAAAAAAAAAAAACGUAAGGAUUCGGAAUAAGACGACUGAAACAAAUCUCAGUUUAUUCCCUAAUUUUUAUAUGAUACUUGCAUCCGUUUCGAAUAAAAUGAAACAAUUUCAUCCAAAUCUAACAAUAAGUUAUAAUAAGAUAUAUUAGGUUUAUUCGUAAAGUAAGAGCCGUUUUCAUUACAGUUCCACGCAUGCACGGUAGUCACUAAGUCUCAAACAAAAUAACAUGACCCCAUUUUAAGCAUACCGUUGACUGUAUGUAUGUAUAUUGUAAUAAUGACUGAGUUGAUUAGAAAUAGCGCUAUUUAUACAUUUCGAUCAGUAAUUGUUUUCUGAAUUCGAGUAAAGAUAAAUUGUGUGAAGACCAUUAUCCGUACAGCCCCAACCUCAUUCCUAGCGAAUUUCAUUUAUUUAGGCAUCUGAAAAUUUUCUAGGCAGUCAAAAAUUGGAAUAGCAAUUGCGAACUAAACAACAGAUUACCUUAAGGUUCAAUUUAGAGGCGGUAAUAGGGCGAUAAUAGGGAUGUUAUGAUAAAUGAUAAACCUAACGUAGAAAAAAGAUGAUAAAUAAAAAAAUCUGUGAUUUUUUUCAAUAUAUUAUCCCUUUAUUUCAACAUACUUUACAGAAUGUAUGACUAAAGCUCCUAUGCCACUAUGCAUUAUAUAGUCAAAAUGUUCGUACACCGCCUAUUCAAUUUUGUCGUCGCUGUUAAAUCUUUUACCCCUUAACUCCGCCUUCAGCUUUGCGAACAAAAAAUAGUCGGAAGAAGCUAGGUCGGGGUUAGUGGGUGUUUAAUCUCUUCGAAACCUUAUUGGUGUACAGUAGCUUUAGAAAGAGAAUAGUUUGGACUGGAGCAUUGUCAUGAAACAAACGCACACUACGGCUGAUUUUGCCGCGGCUUUGUUUAAUUUUUCGACGCAAAUGCCUUAGUCAGUCAGUUUACAAUGAAAUCUAUAUAAUGUAAUACAAACUGCUCUGCGCAUUUAUAAAAUUUUUUGAUUGACUUUGUUUCGAGGAUUUUUGAAAUUUCAAAAUUAAAUAUAACUUUUCUGUUAUUAAUUAUUUCUCAGUAUUUUUUCCAAAUAUAUAAUAAGACAUCUUUCAUUUUUUUUGAAUAUACUGAAAUAUUGCUAAAUAUGCUAAAUGCUAAAUAUACGACCUUUAUCGAUAUUAGGAAAUAUGUAGGAGAAAAUCUUGAAACACAUACAAGCUACUCAAUAACGAGAACAAGCAUUGAUUUCGAUUUUCUAGAAGUGAGUCUUAAUAAUAGUUAAUCGUUCAUCGUAUCGUAAAAAUGUUUUUAUUAAAGAGAUUCAAAUGAGCCAAUCCAUUUAAAUUUAAUGAAAAGCUUGUAUUGUAUACCCUCCUAGCAUAAGCUUUUCCUCUGAAUAUUAAAUCAAUAACAAUGAAAUGAAGCUUUCUUAUUUGGUAAUUCGUCGGGGAGAGAGUGUAUUUUAUCUACUAAAAAUGCUGCUAAACAUUGCCAACAUAUACUGUCUCCUGUUAAGAAUAAUAUUUAUAGUUCUGUAUAUGUGAUGACUAUAAAAAUUUAAGUGUUUGUCACAAAUUUGCAGAUACUACUAAACAGUAGCCAUUUAUUAAAAUAUUUUGUUUGUCUUCCAUCAUAAUAAAAAGGGCUUCUGCAUAAGCUUGUUUUUUUAUAGUACUGGUUAUUAAAUUAUUUAAUCAAUUUUCAAUUUUUGUAGUAUAUUUGCUAAUGUUUAGAUCAACAUUUUUAGUUAAGUGAAGUUAACGUUUUGGACGACCAUACGCGAUACUGGUCUAAAGAAGAUUGAAUCAAAUUCGACGAAUUUUUUCAUUUUUUUUCUAUAUCUCAAAAUUUUUGUUAAUAUACAGCUCUGUACCGGAUGGGCAAAUAAUAACACUAUAGGGGGUAAUUGAAAAUAUAAAAUUAAAGAAGCAAAAUUUUUCCAAAAUUUACACAAUUGAGUGGCUAUUUAUAUACAAUAAUCAAAUUUUCAAACAAAAUCUGCGGAUCUUCUAUUCCUCAAGUUCAAGUCUAUCUCUUCAAAUAAGAGACGGGGGAGAGUGGGAACCUUAUUAUGAAAAAAUGCAUAUAAGUCCGGUUCUGCUUAACAGAUUUCUAUAAGCAUGAUGUUGUUUGAAAAAGCUUUUGUCCAGCAAUAUUAAAUAUAUAAAUUCUAAGCGAUUUAAUUACCAUCGUGAAUGCUAGAGGGCGUUGUUUUAUAUAUUUUCGAUAUUGUGAUUUCUCAUGACAAAUUUAGAUAGAAGCACAAAAGUUUGAGUAAGGCUUUCAAAAGUAAAGUAAAUUACCAUUAAAAUAGUGAAAAACACAUGUAGAUAUCUUUUUAUAUCCCGAGAUAUGUUAAGAAAUGUGUAAACGGCUAUGUCUAUUAGGCUGGUUCAACCAAACGAAAAAUUUGAAAUUUAUUCUUGAUGGAAAGUUGCUACAUUGAUCUAUCCGCAGUAAUUUGGACUGUUCUCAUAAUAAUUUUAUUAUUACAGCUAGGUUGCGUUAUCCAAAUGUAAUAAGUGAUGCUCUAGGUGUUUAAAAUUUCGUCCAUCAUUUCCUUUACAUGAUAUCAGUCGCUGACGGGUCGUAUAUUCGGCACUAUCGAUAAAAAUCUGAGCAAGUCAGGUCUGGAUAUCUGCGUGGAAAAAUAAAUCAACUUCCACGACCUAUUCACCUAUCAGGAUAUGUUUGAUCAGCAACAUUCGCGUUUCUCAUACAUUCCAUAUAAUCUUCUGAAAUGUCAAAUGUUUCGUCAUUUGUGAGAAUUAUAUUUUUUUCAAAACAGCUUUAAUACGAUGUGUAAUAUUUGACAUAUGUGUGAAAGUAACAAGUCACUUGUCUUAAUUCGUAAUAUAUACAUUGGUUUUAACUAAUUAUUACUUCAUAUUUUACUUGUUGUUGUUAGACAAGUAUUCAGGUUUUUACUUAUACUUUAUACUUUUUUUACUAGCAAACAAAUAUAACAUUUUUAAAUAAUGAAAAAAAAUUUAACACAACUUAUGGAUGUUCUCAUAACAAGAAUUUGAUUAUCAUGUAUAAAGUGUCACUUAAUUGGGUGAGUUUAAAGAAAAUUGCUAUUCUAAUUUUAUAUUUUCAAAUACACUGUCUAGUAGUGGAUAUAAAAUUCUGAAAAUACGUGUUUCUCGGGGCCACUUUUGUUAUAAUUUUUUCCCUUGAAGCGUAAUAUAAUCCUAUUUUUAGUUGCACACCUGGUACUUAUUCAGUUUUGUUUUUUUUCCGAUUAAUUGUUGAUAAUAAAAAGUAGAUGAGUUUAUGAUAUUUUUUAGCAUUAUUAUAUGUUCCCGAGUUAAUCAAAUUUGUUAAACUUUAAAUUCCAUUUAGGUGUUUUAAUUUAUUGCUAAAAUGAUGUACUAAAUGUUUAAAUUUCUUUGGAUAAAACCACUUCUUAUUUUAAUUUAUUUCCAUUUAUGAAAUAUAGGGACCUUUGACUCUUGUAAUGUGUGUGGUUUUGGUUUAUUGUGCAAAAGUGGGAAAGUAUUGUGGUUAAGUAGGUCAAAAAAUUUUAAAAAGUUGAAGUUAUUAGCAAAUUUUCUAUUAAAAGAUAUUAUGUAAGUUUAGACGUAAAUCUUUUCUCGAAAUUGUAUUUUUUAUUAUAAGGCUUAAUAAAAUUGUUGAUAACCGUUAAA